ACAGUGCUGCAGUCUCUCUCCCUCUCACUGGAGCUUUUGAACCUGUUCUGUACUAGGAGAUUUUCAAAUGGCCGGGCUUGGUGGAGGAGCAGAUGACUGUAACAUUCAUAGGCCCCAAAUCAAUAGAAGUCUUGUAAACCUCAAUGAUAGCAAUCCUAUAUUACACCAUUCUGUAAACUGUGAAGAAAAAGGAUCUGCUAUAAAUGCCACAUCCAGUGCAGUUCAAUAUGAUUGUUUACAGAGACUUGAUGGGAAUUUUCUGACCCUUUCUAUUGGGGGUACUGCAGCCAGAUCUAAAUCUAAUAUCCACGAUGCAAAUAUUGACAGUAAAACUGACAGCGCCUUAUAUCUCCAUGCUCAUGGUCAGCAUGCUACCAGAAGUUCAUUGAAUCAGGGUGAAAGCACUUCUGGCAGCCUUUUGAGUUCCCUAAACAGCAUGGGUGGAUUUCCAAGUCUAGUUCACUGUGCUGGUGAUUUGAACUCUUUGAACGAUGAUCUUGGAGUCCUACAUGGUAAUGAUGCUGGUUUGAGUUCAAGUCCACUCCAUAUGCUACAGAAACAAGCAAGUGAUGUGCAACAUAACAUUCUUUUUAUAAAUAGGGGAAGCUUAGCACUAGCAGAGAGCAGGGAUGCAAGAUUUGAAAAUAUAGAUUCUUAUACAGGCCUGCAAGGUUGUCCAAUUGCUCCUUUGAGAUCAUAUGCUAGCAGCCAAGUCAGUCAGCUUGAUUGUGGAAAUGCCAUGUUUGCUGUUCCAUCAGAAUCAGCCAAGACUGUGAAAUUUGCUGCCCAACCAGCUUCUGACCAAUUACAGAAACGUGUUAUGAAAACUGACAGAAGCCUCUUGCCUAAGUCUUCAACUGUUUCACCUUUUCUUGCGGGCAGUGGAAACACUAUCAGAAAGGUUCAGUUGGGUAAGCUAGGUAGACCCCGAGGAAGUUGGCCUGUUCCACCUUUUGGGCCAGCUUUUACUACUGGUCCCCUAGGUAGUCCUGUUCCACCUUCUGGAUAUUCUGGGCCAGCUUUUGCUACUGGCCAGGUUACACCAGUUAAAAAGGAAAGUGAACUUGCUCAAACCUUGAGCACUCUUGAUGGAGUCUCCCUUAAAAGAAAAGCAAUCUAUCCUGCUCCAGCCACUCCCCAGAUGCUGCGCAGAAAGGCCAUACCUCCACCUUUAGUGGUUCCAUCUGUUCAAUUCCCUUUGCAGACUGGUUCAAGUCCCCAUAUAAAAUCCCAAAACCGGCCUGCUUUUGCUCCUAAUAAAACAGCCUUUGGCCAGACUGCUCCAACCCUCCGUAAAACAUUCAUAAAUGAGGCAGUUCCAGCUGUCCAUAUAAAAUGGCGAGGUUUCAAUGGAAUUCCUCAAUUAAGUGGACUGGAGUGCCCGUUGUGCAAGAGGGAUCUUUCAUACCCACCAGAAGGCCCUGUUUACCAGCCAACAGAUCCUCCAGCAACCGCUGUCCUACCAUGUGGCCACGUCUAUCAUGAUCGCUGUUUGGGGCUUGUUACUCCAGAAGAUCAAUCUGACAAUCCCGUGUGCAUUCCUUGUGUCUUGAGUGCAUUUUAAAUUGCUUCCCCUUCAAAGUUUUGCAGUCUUCAUGAUAAUUUUGUCUCUGAACUGCGCACCAUUUUUCUGGAGGAAAAAAGGAAGACAACUGGGUGGGAUUGGCGAAGCCACAGGUAGAGUUUACAAAAGCAAAAUUCAUGUAGUUGUGCAUAGAGAUGGUGAGGAUUAUGGAUGAGGUUCCAAAAGUAGUAGGUGCAUUAUAAGGCGUACAUAGCUGUAAACACCCUUAAAGAUGGUCUAGGAGUUCAGAUGGGCUACAGUCUCACUAGGAAUGGGAAUGAUAUGUUCUUUUUGUUAGAUGAAAUUUAGGAUAUAUUUGGAUCCUCAACUGUGAAAUCAUCUAAUAAUAUUGUUUAGCAGUAUGAUACCUAGGAUUGAAUUUCUUGACAGCUCGAGUUAUUAUAUUUCCCUCCCUUUGGUGGCAGGCAUGCCAUUUUCCACUGUAAUUAGCAAAUUGCCUGUUACAUAAUCCUUUUUACCCGAAUAGGGGAUUCUUGUACAUCAGCAGUUAUUGAAUUAUGUAUUUAUGUGUAAAUAUUUAUUGAUGUUUACUGUUCAUUGACCAUGCAACAA